GUAAUACGGUACCUUAGACGCCCAUGUCGUAGACGCGGCGCGAGCGAUCGUGUGCACGUGCCUACGCGUGUCUCUUGGACUUGCGACGCGUCUGGCCGCGUCAUCCCCUCCUUCACGUCUCUCUAUUCCUCCAGCCAUGAACUCCUUCGCAGAUCGCUUCUCGACCACCGGGACUGCAGUGGAGCAGCGAAGAAUCAAAGAAUAUGUCGCUGAUGAGGAAGACGUCUCCGACUCCAUGUGGGGCUCUGAGGCCGGCUUUGGUACUAUAGCGCAUGGCACGCCCAACUUCAUGGUCCCGACAGUUCCGGAUCCCUCGGCAUUCUUGAGAUUGCACACAGACGACCACGCAGACCCGUCCUGCAGAAUCAAGAUCAAGCACGGAACGACGACUCUCGCGUUCAGAUACCAAGGCGGAGUUAUCGUCGCUGUGGAUUCACGAGCUACUGCUGGGAGCUACGUUGCAUCCGGGACGGUCAAGAAAGUCAUUGAGAUCAACCCGUACCUGCUCGGGACCAUGGCUGGUGGAGCCGCCGACUGUCAAUACUGGGAGACAUACUUGGGUAUGCAGUGCCGCCUGCACGAGCUUCGCAACCGCGAGCGAAUCUCAGUAGCCGCCGCAAGUAAAUACUUGAGCAACCUUGUCUACAAUUACAAGGGCAUGGGUCUUAGUAUGGGCACCAUGAUUUGUGGCUGGGACAAGACGGGUCCUGCCAUAUUCUACGUCGAUUCAGAUGGCACGCGGCUCAAAGGCGAUCUCUUCUCUGUUGGCUCCGGUAGCACUUUCGCAUACGGUGUCCUGGACCAAGGAUACCGGUGGGACCUGACGGACGAGGAGGCCCAAGAACUCGGAAGGAGGGGCAUCUACGCCGCGGGCCAUCGCGAUGCCUUCUCUGGAAACACGAUCAACCUGUACCAUGUCCAGCAACAAGGAUGGAAGUUCAUUGGCAACUACGACGUCUCGGAGAUGCACUACAACGGCCCUACUGGGACAGCAGGCUACGGGUACGGUGUGCGUGUGGAGGGCCGUUCCUCUGCCAACCCACCUGCUUGAGAUUGACAUUCGUAGCUGUUGUCGUAUCCCGUGGAUGUUUAUUGUAGCCAUUGUAUUCUGACGAACAUAAAACUUAUCACCGUGGUGCUGUGUUCAAUGUAUAGUGGGAUAGCCGCCGUCGCAUCAGCCUCUUGUGUGGAUGAGACACGAGUGUGGC